AUGAUUUUCUCUAAGUUUCUAUAUCAGACUUUUGUCUUGUGCUGGGUGAGAGUGACCCUGGCGGGUAUCUCCAGCUUUCAAAUUCAUGAACAAUUAGACAAUGCACCAUCUGGCUGGGUAAAAGGCGACAAGCCAUCGCCCUCGGCUGUGAUAAAAUUUCGACUCGCGAUGAACCUACUAGACAUAGCGGCAUUCGAACAAAAUGUCAUUGACCUCUCCACACCAGGUCAUCCUAGCUAUGGUCAACACAUGAACCGCGAGCAAGUGAGACAACGGCUACGUCCAUCCUCAAAUGUGUCAAAUCAGGUUGUUUCCUGGUUACUUUCAGAAAACAUCACCCCGAACUCCAUCGAAGUCGACGGGAACUGGGUCACCUUUCAAGCUGUUGUAGCUGAAGCGGAGCGAAUGCUGAAGACAGAGUUCUUUUCCUACAAGAAUAAUAACAGUGAUACCACGGUUGUCAGAGCUCUUGGAUAUUCGAUACCAAGUGCAAUCCACUCUCAUAUUCAGUUGAUUCAGCCAACGACUCGAUUCGCCGAUUCCGGUCUUUUGCGCAGGUUGGGCGAUGGGCCGGCUUCCGCGACAGCAGCAGACUUUGCUGCAACUUGUGGAAGAGUAGUUACACCCAGUUGCUUGCGAGAUUUGUACGGCCUCGAUAAAACAACGGCAACACCCGAUUGUCGGAAUCGACUAGGCAUAGCGGGUUUCUUGGACCAGUACGCCCGCCAUAGUGACUUUUUUCAUUUCAUGGAAGUCUACGCACCCGAUCAGACGGAUACGAACUUCACAGUGGUAUCGAUAAAUGGCGGUCAAAACGACGAGAACUCGUUCAAGAACAGCAUUGAGGCCAGUUUGGAUGUUCAGUAUGCCAUUUCGAUAGCUUACCACGCAUUGGUAACCUAUUACACAACCGGUGGUCGAGGACCCCUGAUACCCGAUGGCGGAGAUCCAGCUAGUUCCUCGACCAAUGAGCCAUACCUCGAGCAGCUCCAUUAUCUGACCGGCCUCCCUGACAAGGACCUCCCAGCCGUUAUAACAAUGUCAUACGGCGAAUCGGAGCAGAGCGUCCCAAAGUCAUAUGCCUUAGCAUGCUGCAAUCUCUUUGCACAGCUCGGUGCUCGUGGAGUGUCUGUGAUUUUUAGUAGUGGCGAUUCCGGACCAGGAGAAUCAUGCGAAAGUAAUGAUGGAACCUAUCAAGCCAAGUUAAUACCUAAUUGGCCUGCAUCAUGUCCAUUCGUUACAUCCGUCGGUGGGACUUUCGGGAGUGAACCAGAAACGGCGAUUAGCUUCUCUGGGGGUGGAUUCUCGGAGUAUUUUGAACGGCCAUCCUACCAAGAUACUCUAGUCGAAAGUUUUCUAACCAAAAAUGGUGCCCAAUGGAAAGGACUGUUCAAUGCUGCUGGGAGAGGUAUACCCGACAUUUCAGCCCAAGCAAACCGAUUCAUAGUUCGAGACCAUGGUGUAUAUGUGACUGUCGGAGGAACAAGCGCUUCUGCACCGGUGAUUGCUGGUUUGAUAUCCCAGUUAAAUUCAAUCCGGUUGACACAUGGGAAACCGCGAUUGGGAUUUCUCAACCCAUGGCUGUAUACAACGGGGCAGACUGGUUGGACAGACAUUAUAGACGGUGGUUCGCGAGGUUGCGCAGGAUCACCUGUUCACAAUGCUGGUUGGAAUGCCACGGCUGGGUGGGAUCCGGUGACUGGGUUGGGUACACCGUUUUUCUCGACACUAAGGCAACUUGUAUUGCGCUUCUGA